CUCGCCGACCCGCCCCUGGAGGCGGACCCGACUUGACUUAAACUCUGGAUCCCGGAGGCUGGUGGCGUCCUCCCUGCCCGCCUGGGCUGUUUUCUGCAGGUCGAACCAAAGAAGUUAAGUAGUUUGUGUGGAAGACUGAUGUGUUUGGAGGCAAAUUGGACAUAUACUGGAAGUUCUGAAAUUACUUUGAAAGAUUGCUGGAUCUGUCAUCUACCUGACCUUGCCAAGCAAAAGGGCUGCUUGCUGACGCUUCUGUACUUGACAAGGGGGGAUGGACUGCAGAAUCCAGCCCACAGUAACUGCCACAGAAAGGACAGGAGAGACCGCAUUGUAGACUGACAAGGCAGCCGAUGGACAACAACUAGUCACCUACCUACAAGCUAAGGCAUGUGGGGGAGACUGGCAACCUUGACAAGUUUUUGUUACUCCAUGAUCCCCUUCCUCCAGACCUCCAGCCCAUCAGGACCUUGGGCACACGUGACCUGUAUUCAGCUCAACCUAGGAUCUGACCUCACAGUUAGCCAUGUGGCUUCCAGCAUUGUAGUUCAUUAAACUGAACAGCCCUCAGAGCCCUGGAGUCUGAUUUCUGAUUUUUGGGUUGGUGUAUUCAAUCUGAAUUGCAUAUCCCUGACAUUCAGAACAACUGACUUAAUACAUUGCUGCUGUAUGAAAUUAACGAUGAAUUGGAAUGCAGACCCAGAGGGUGCUACAUUACCACCACAGUAUGCUAAAAACCAGUCAUCUUUUUUGCAGCAGUCAUUAAUAAACCAACUUACAACAACAUCCCACAGUUCUUUUAGCUAUCCUGGAAGUAACCGAGAAGCGUGCAUGUAUCCCAAUAAUUUAAAUCCAGUUCCACAGCCACUGAUGAAUCUUCUAAAUUAUAAAACUCCUCAACAAAUCUCGGUUUCUGACAUGCGUAAUGGGACAGUUGUGGCCUCACAAACUUCAGUAGAAAGAAUAACGUAUGCGAAUGUUCAAGGACCCAAACCGCAAAAUCACAAUUUGCAAAUGUCUUCAGGUGUUACACAAAAUAUGUGGUUAAACUCGCCAGUGAAGAAUUCCAUGGUUUCUCAUACAGGGGCAAAUCUACCUCAUCAAAUUGAUUUUGGAACUAGUACGCCUAAUAUGCAUGCACUACAGGGUCAAUUUGUAACUUCAGAUACCUACUCCAUGCAGUUACAAAUGAUUCCUUCUAAUCCUGUAAAGAUACCUGUGUCUUACCCAGGAAAUCAGGGACUUAACCAGCCUUUAUCAGAACAACAGGUUGGUUGGACACAGCAGUAUUCAUCUAAUGGACCGACUUACCCAGAUUACAGACCAUUUCCAAAGCAAUACUGUUACUCAUCACAAAACUUUUUGCAAGAUGCUACUGUUCAGAAACAAAACCUUACGUCACCUACAUCAUUACAAGUUAAAAAUAGUCGACCUCCCGGUUCCUCUCAGACUUUACUGUCAAAGCAGACUGCUAUGCUGUCACAUCAGUAUGCUUCUCAAACGGACAAAAGACCCCCUCCUCCUUACAACUGCAGGUACAGGAGCCAGCCUUUGCAGAGUACGCCACAUGGAACUAACCACUUUCCUGUGGGUGUUCCUCACACUCAAGAAGUGCACUCAUCUGAAAUCAGAAAAGACUUCUGUACUGGCUUUCAGCAGCUUUGGCAAAACCCUAGUGAAAAUGUCAGGACAGUUGGUUACUAUAACUCCAAAGGAAAUACCAAUGACACACAGCCUUUUAAUGAACCGGUGAGACCUUCUGUGGAUGGUGUUCCUCCGCCUGCUCAGAAUAAUCAAGAAAAAACGAAUCCUUGCAAGCCAGCUCCAAAUCAAGUAAUGGACACAAAUGUCACGAAAGAAAAGCUCGUGAGGGAUAUUAAAACAUUAGUAGAAAUAAAAAAGAAGUUUUCAGAACUUGCAAGGAAAAUUAAAAUUAAUAAAGAUCUCUUGAUGGCAGCAGGUUGUAGUAAAAUAACCAAUGCCUCUUCUAACGAACCAGCCCCUAGUUCUGAAUUGUCUCUGAAACAGACUGCUCCAAUCCAGCCUGGAUCCCAGUUAACUCCAGUAACUCCAGAGAUUGCAAAGGGCCAGCCACCAACAGUAAUGGGGUCUGCAGAAGAAACAAAUAAAACCCACUCUGUGUUAACCAGUGUUCAGGAAAUCAAUUGUAGAAAGGUUAACCAAAUCAAUUCCAGUUUCCUGAAUUCUGUCUGUUCGGAGAAGUUACCAGUGCCAGACCAGCUUCAUGAUUCGAAAGUUAUGACUUCUUUGAAGACCUCAGCUGUUGAGAGUACUCGAGGACCAUUAAGUAACAGCCAGCCCUCAUCAGAAAGUUCUGUCAAAGCUGAACAGAAUCUGCCAGCUAUUCGUGAAACCAUUUCUGUUCCCCAGUCUGAAUCCUUUAAGGAAUAUAUUUCAAAGUAUCCAAAUAAAAAUCCACUACUCCUCGGUUUCCUUUUGCAGAAAGAUGAAACUGAGGCGGAAUUAUUAAAAGAGGGUAGCCAAACUAUUCCAGAUUCUAAACCAAACAGUUGUGAAGUGAGUCUGAGUACUCAAGUCACUGGUAACCAACUGGAUUUGAAAACCCUAGAAACUUCAAGUAUUUCUAAUGUAAGUCCCAAGGUCUCAGAGAGUUCUUUUUGCCUUGAUCCUAAAUCUUCAACAGAAGAAGCAUCUGCCCAAAGUGACAAUCACUGUUCCAUGGAAUUGCUAGCAACCUGUUUAUCUCUGUGGAAAAAAGAGCCUUCAGAAACUACAGGAGAUAAACAGUAUAAUGAGUCUAAAACAAACAGAACAGCAGAAGUCUGUGUGAAGAGUCCUUACUCAGUUGUGGGAAAUUCUCAGAAUAAAACAGUAAACCCCUUACCAGAAACAGCUUUGUCAAUGGUAGUGCAGAAUUAUGAGUCUCCAUGUGCAAGUACAAGCAAGGGGACAGAACUUCAGAUUGCCAUUGUGUCACCCUUAAUUCUUUCAGAUGUCAAAACAUUGUCUGUCAAAGGAGUAACCCCUGAGGCUGUGCCCAAAACGGUGUAUCCAGUUAUUAAAGAAGGCAGUGUUUGUAGCUUACAAAAUCAGUUGGCAGAAAAUACAAGAGAAACUCCUGUUUUUAAAGUUGAUGUUAAUGGACCAGUAGUAAAUACUAUAUUACCCAAGGUUUUCCCGCUAAUUCAGAAGGAAAAGCAGAAUGAGUUGACCAGUGGUAGCUCAGAAAGCACACCUAUUCCCAACCAGGGAAAGCACCAUGAAUUAGCACCAGAUAGCCGCUCUCCCACGAGUGACCAGCAAACCUUAUGUCAAUCAAGGGAUGGUACUAUUGUGGCUGAUGACUUGUUACAAAUUGACAAUAUAUGUUCUCUUGUCAAAGGCGACACGUCUUAUAAUUCCCAAAUAGCAGAGAUAUUCAGCCCUUCCAAAAAAGUUGAGCCACAGAAACCUUCUCUACCCAAUCACCAAGCCAUUAGUAGUAGACAAGGAAAAGAACAACUAGAUAACAACACUGAGAACAAAAACUUGGGUUUUCAGAUAGAUAAAUUUGUGUGGUGCACAGAUGUCUCACAUAAAAUAACUGAUCAGUCAAAGUCACUGCAUCCUCCAGAGACAUCUCUUAAGUGUCUUGAAGCAGGUAAAGGAAUAACAGAAGGAAGCAAUUUGGAGUGUACCCCUAAAAAAGAAAGCACAGCUAAUGAUAUGUGUUGCGAAUCAGUUGCUAUCGAGCAGGAUACUUACCUGCAGGAAGUUGAUGCCUCCAGCAGUUGUAAUGUCCACAAACCUGCAGAUAAUGAGAUUCACAAUGACAAGACAUCUGUCUUGUAUCUACACGACCAGCUGUCAGAACUCCUAAAAGAAUUUCCCUAUGGCAUUGAAGCUGUGAACACACAAAAAGGUCCUGUGGGCCAGCAGGUGACGGACCAAAUCUCAGGAGGUCGGACUGGCGAUAAGACUGACUCUGACUCCAAAGACUCAACCGACCAAAUAAAAAUUACAAUAUUAAGCUCAGAACAAAUGAAAGAAUUAUUUCCUGAGCAGGAUGAACAGCCCUGUGAUGUAGACAUACUGGCAAAACCUCAGAAAGAAGAAGAAAUUAUAGAUGCGGGGAACCAGCAUGACCCCCAGGCACCUACAGAAAGUUGUGAUUCUGUGUCAUUGGACCCGGAAAGAGAUGACAUCCGCUGCUGUGCUUUGGGUUGGCUUUCUAUGGUUUAUGAGGGAGUACCCCAGUGUCAGUGUAAUUCCACAAAAGACUCAACUGUAAAGGAAGGAAAAGGGAAAGAUCAGUGUUCUUUGGAGACUGACAUUUGUAAACAAGGAAGGAAAACCUUGGCUGGAGAUGUCCAAACUGUUGAGUGUCAUAGUCUUUCAAGUAACCCAGACACUCCUCUGACUCUUCCAGAUAGGAAAAGUCUUUUUCCUAAAAUAAAGACCAGCGAUAUAAAAGAUAGAUCCAAAUCAAAAGACAACAGCUCACUAAGGACGGAGCAAGAAUUAACUAAACAGGAUAAAAAAACAGAUCCCUUGAAGAGUCAGAAAAGGAAAGGAAAAUUGAAAUUCCAUGAAGUAACCUUUCACUCCAGUAAUAAAAGAACAUCAUUUUCUGAGCAAGCUUCUCAAGAAAGCCUGCGGAAGAAACACAUAUUACAAAACUUACGCCCAUUAAAACCAAAGGCAGGUUUUUUGACAAAUAAAGAUUAUUCGCUUAAGAAGAAUGGUUCUUUGAUACAGUCAGGGUCACCAGAGAAGAUGAAAUUUAAAGCAGGUGAAUACAAACAAAAACAUUUGGAAAAGAGAAAGUUAGACAAUGGGAACAUAGUGGAUAUGGAGAUAAAAAGGAAGAAAUAUGAUAAGCAAGAGCAGAAUAAAAAUGUGGAGCAUACACUCAAGGCAUGUAAUUCUUUGUCAAACCCAAAUGAAAAGGCCAGUAUUAAAGAAAAGGCAGUAUCAGAGACUAAGUUCUCAGACUUGAAGGAUCGUUUAUCAAGAUUUCGAAGAGUUCUAACACCAAGGGAGUAUUUGCAAAGGCAGAAAAAUAAAGAAGCAGUGGAUAGUAACGCAUCAAAAAAAAUCUGUGUGAAAAAUGUACCAAGUGAUUCUGAAUUCAGGAAAUCUGGUAAGGUUUCUGUGCAUGCAGGGGAUUAUGGGAAAUCAAAUGAGAGAUUCAGUGGCAGUGUACACACCUCUAGAGAAUCAUUAAAUAUUAAAAGCUAUGGUAAAAACCUCAAGAUGCACCAUUCCGAGGAGUCUAAAACAUGUGACAUUUCAAAAAACAUUAAAGGAACAGUUGAGAGAAAGCAACCUGACAAGAUGUUAAUUGAUAAAAACAAGUUAGAUAAAAAAUUAGCCAAUGUAAAUAAUGAAGCUGAAUUCAGCCAAAUGUCUACCCAAGCAAAGAAUCAAAAAAAGUUAUACCUGAACAGAGUUGGGUUUAAAUGCACUGCACGUGAAAGCAUUUGUCUCACCAAAAUAGAAAAUUCACCCAGGAAGCCCAUUAAAGAGAAAAGACAGGAUAAUAAACCCAAGGCUUGUUUCCCUAUGAAAGAUUGCACAGAAAAAAGCAUGCUGGAGUUUAAAUUAUGUCCAGAUCUACUCUUCAAGAAUACAAACUCUCAUGAAGAACAGAAGGAUCUAAAGCCUUAUCCUAGGAAGGAGCAAGCCCCUGUGCAAGUUUCAGGAAUAAAAAGUACAAAAGAAGACUGGUUAAAAUGUGUAACUGCGAAGAAAAGGAUACAGGAAGCCUGCCAAGAAAUAGAUAACAAUGUUAAUGCAAGACUCUCCAAAAGAAGCUUCAGUGCAGAAGGAUUUGAGAUGCUACAAAACCCAGUAAAAGAUUCAAAAGCAAUGUUUCAGACCUACAAACAGAUGUACUUGGACAAGAGAAGCAGAAGCCUUGGUAGCAGUCCUGUAAAGUAAUCACUAGACAUGGCUCUGUCACUUUCUAUUCAGAAUAUUUUGGAAAUACUCAAUUCCCAUGAUAAGCUAAGAGUUUAGUUACCACUUAGGUUAUGUAUUUCUCUGAAGUUGCUCAAAUAAAAUAGCUUGAAAGCUUUGUGGGUAAGCCAGACAUAAGAAAUAGAUGGCAUUUCUCAGGGAAACUAAGGUAUUUGAACUUCUACAUUGUUGAACCAUGUGUACCAUUAUUUUAAAAAGAAUGCUUAUACAAAUCUUACUUUGAAAUGCCAACUAUUCAUUUGGAGGAAGGACUGUUCUUCACUUAAGGACUUGUUUAUUUUACUGGGACUGUAUAUUUCUGUUUCUAAACUGCAUUAGCAAAACUUAUUUUUCAGAAAUGCCCACUGUGAAUGUCAAAGUAUAUUCUUAAGUAUUUUGUAUGUAAUUGUAAACUUUUUUUCAGAAACCUUGUUUUAUACUUGUUAAACUGAACAUAAUUUUUGGAUAAUGUUGUAAUAUUACUUUUCAUACUUGUAAUAAACAUUUAUUUUUUAAAAAGAC